GUUCGCUCGUACAAGUAGAAUGCAGGAAUAUUCAUAGAUAGAGACAACGUGUAUGUAACCUUGGAGAUUGAAACAACAAACAAGUAAAGAAUCAAAAUACACACGUUACGGAAAAGCCCAACAACGAAUUACUUGAGAUUCUUUCCCUCCACUUUAAAGAUUAGAUACAGGCAGAGAGACACAAAAAGGCAAAAUCCGAUUUGCUAGCUUCUAACCAAUCUUAAAAAUUCCUUUCUUUCCUACAAAUGGCAUUAAAGAAUAAAGUCUGGGUGUUCUUUCUUUCUCCUCCCAUGGCAACUUUGAGCCAGCCACGCAUAUAAUAUAUAUACAUUAAGUUCCCUAUAACUUCAUAACAUCAAACCAACUUGAAUAUUGGUUGUAUAUCUAUCUUUGUUUUAGUUUACUGAAUAUUCGUCUCUCUUUACUUUUUUCGUAAUACUGGUACUGCCUUGCCUUAAGCCUUGUUGAUUUCAUAAAUGGCUUCUACCCCGGCCUUGAAGCGAUCGGAUACGAUUGCAGAAACCAUGCCUGAUGCACUGAGACAGAGCCGCUACCACAUGAAGAAAUGUUUUGCCAGGUUUGUUGCAAUGGGGAAAAGGUUAAUGAAGAUGCAGCAUGUAAUGGAGGAGUUGGAAAAAUCAAUAGAAGACAAGCAUGAAAGAAGCAAGGUCUUGGAGGGAUUACUUGGUUACAUCAUCAGCUCCACUCAGGAGGCGGCUGUUGUUCCACCGUAUGUUGCUUUUGCGGUAAGACCGAAUCCUGGUUUCUGGGAAUUUGUUAAGGUGAAUGCUGAUGAUCUAGCAGUGGAUGGCAUCACUGCUUCCGAAUACUUGAAGUUCAAAGAAAUGAUAUUCGACGAGAACUGGGCCAAUGAUGAAAAUGCUCUGGAAAUAGAUUUUGGAGGCAUUGACUUCGCCACUCCUCGCAUGAAGCUUCCUUCUUCAAUCGGGAAUGGUCUCAACUUUAUCUUAAAGUUAAUCUCCUCAAGGCUGGCUACUGCCAACUCAUCCGAUUAUGCCAAACCCUUGCUUGACUACUUAUUACAACUUCAUUAUCAUGGAGAGAAUCUUAUGAUCAACGAAACUCUGGAUACGUUUGCAAAACUUCAAACAGCCUUGAUCCGAGCAGAAGUAGUUGUGUCUACACUCCCAAAGGCCACACCAUUUCCGAAUUUUGAGCAAAGGUUAAAGGAGUUGGGUUUUGAGAAAGGAUGGGGGGAUACAGCAGAAAGAGUUGGAGAGACAAUGAAGAUGCUAUCAGAAGUACUCCAAGCACCAGACUCAGCCAAGUUGGAGUGUUUCUUUAGCAGACUUCCUAACACAUUCAACAUCGUCAUCUUCUCUCCUCACGGCUACUUUGGCCAGUCUGACGUUCUUGGAUUGCCCGACACUGGCGGCCAGGUGGUUUAUAUUCUUGAUCAAGUCAGAGCCUUAGAGGAAGAGUUGCUCCUCAGAAUAAAGCAGCAAGGCCUUGCUGUCAAGCCACAGAUUCUUGUGGUGACACGACUCAUACCAGAUGCUCGAGGAACAAAAUGCAACCAGGAGUUGGAAGCUAUCAUCAACACUAAGCACUCCCACAUCCUCAGGGUCCCAUUCAGGACACACAGAGGGAUUCUCCGCCAAUGGCUUUCUCGUUUUGAUAUCUACCCUUAUCUUGAGACAUUUGCACAGGAUGCAACUGCAAAGAUCUUAGAACGCAUGGAAUGCAAACCAGACCUCAUAAUUGGGAACUACAGUGAUGGAAACUUGGUGGCCUCUUUGAUGGCUGGCAAACUUGGAAUAACUCAGGGAACAAUCGCUCAUGCUCUAGAAAAGACCAAGUACGAAGAUUCAGAUGCCAAAUGGAAGGAGUUUGAUCCAAAGUACCACUUCUCUUGUCAGUUCACAGCUGACAUAAUCUCUAUGAAUUCAGCUGAUUUUGUCAUAACGAGCACCUUUCAAGAAAUAGCCGGAGGCAAGGACCGGCCUGGACAGUAUGAAAGCCAUACAGCAUUUACAAUGCCAGGACUUUAUCGAGUAGUUUCAGGCAUUGAUGUAUUUGAUCCAAAGUUCAACAUUGCGGCCCCUGGGGCUGACCAAUCUGUCUACUUUCCCUGCUCCGAGAAACAGAGACGCUUUACCAAAUUUCAUCCUGCCAUUGAAGAACUGCUCUACUAUAAGGCGGAAAACGAUGAGCACAUAGGAUAUUUGGCAGACAAGAAGAAACCCAUCAUCUUCUCAAUGGCAAGACUGGAUACAGUGAAGAACCUCUCAGGACUAGUUGAAUGGUUCGGGAAGAACAAGAGGCUGAGGAGUUUGGUCAAUCUUGUUAUAGUAGGAGGAUUCUUUGACCCAUCCAAAUCCAAAGACAGAGAAGAAAUUGCAGAAAUUAAGAAGAUACAUGCCUUGGUACAAGAAUACAAACUGACGGGUCAGUUCAGAUGGAUAGCAGCUCAGACUGAUCGAUAUCGCAACGGAGAGCUGUACCGCUGCAUUGCAGAUACAAGGGGAGCAUUUGUGCAGCCAGCACUGUACGAAGCUUUUGGUCUAACAGUGAUCGAGGCCAUGAACUGUGGCUUACCCACAUUUGCAACCAACCAAGGAGGCCCUGCAGAAAUUAUUGUUGAUGGAGUAUCAGGCUUCCACAUCGAUCCAAACAAUGGUGAUGAAUCCAGCAACAAAAUUGCUGACUUUUUUGAGAAAUGCAAGACAGAUGGGGACUAUUGGAACAAGAUGUCAGCGGCCGGUUUGCAGCGUAUAUACGAAUGCUAUACAUGGAAGAUAUAUGCAAACAAAGUGUUGAACAUGGGAUCCACUUAUGGAUUCUGGAGGCAGUUGAGAAAGGAGCAAAAGCUUGCCAAGCAAACAUACAUUCAUAUGUUUUACAGUCUCCUCUUUAGGAAUUUGGCAAGGAAUGUAGGUAUCCCAAGUGAUGGUUUCGAGCAACCAACGGCCAAGGCAAUAACUGCAGCUGGCCAACCAACCCCAGUUGCACCACCAACCUCACCAAUCCCUCAGCUGAUCACUCCAACACCAAGAUAUUUUAAUGGCAGGGAGAGGUCUGAAGGUUUCGAGGAGAAGCAGAAACAGCAGCAGCUGGGCGAACCUCGAAGCAUCACGGCACGCUGCAUCUUGAAUUGCUGUUGCGUGAUCAUUGGUUUUCUCAUCCUUGUUUACUACAAGAUAAGGAAUAUGUACAACUACAACUAAUGGAGCUUGUUUUGUUGUGUGUUGUUGAUGUAAGAUGAUCAACUCACAAACAAAACAAUGAAUGAAUAGUCAUGUAAAUUCUCCAAUUUCCAAUAAAUUCAAUAAAC